CCUAGCGCGCGGCCCGCGGAUUGCGGGUGAGGGAGGUGGCCAGCAUGCGGACAGCUGCUCGCUGACCGGCUGCCCCUCCACUGACAUGGCCCACCGCGGUGUGGAGAGGGACUUCCAGUCUUCAGCGCGGCGCAUGGGCACCUCACUGCUCUUCCAGCUUUCAGUGCACGAACGGGAGCUGGAUCUGGUUUUUCUGGAUCAUAGCUAUGCCAAGCCCUGGAGUGCCCACCCAGAUGCCAGUAGUGCCCGGCCCACCCGCAUGCUCUUUGUUACUCCCCGGAGGCAGCAUGAAAGUACCAUCGAGUCAGACGUCCCAAUAGAUGUGGAGACAGUCACAUCAACCCCCAUGCCACUCUACGACAAUCAGAAGGCACGCAGCGUGAUGAACGAGUGUGAAAGGCAUGUCAUCUUCGCCAGGACUGAUGCAGACGCCCCUCCCCCACCAGAGGACUGGGAGGAGCAUGUCAACAGAACGGGCUGGACAAUGGCCCAGAACAAGCUAUUCAACAAGAUCCUCAAAGCGCUGCAGUCUGACCGGCUUGCCCGCUUGGCCAACGAAGGGGCUUGCAAUGAGCCAGUGCUACGUCGAGUUGCGGUGGACAAGUGUGCAAGGAGAGUGCGGCAGGCUCUGGCAAGUGUAAGCUGGGACACCAAGCUGAUCCAGUGGCUGCAUACCACCCUGGUGGAGACUUUGAGUCUGCCCAUGCUGGCGGCCUACCUGGAUGCCUUGCAGACACUAAAAGGGAAGAUCCCUACCUUGAUUGACCGGAUGCUUGUAUCAUCCAACACGAAGACUGGGGCUGCAGGAGCUGAGGCCUUGUCCCUCCUGCUGAAGAGGCCCUGGGACCCUGCUGUGGGAGUGCUUUCUCAUAACAAACCAAGCAAGCUCCCUGGCUCUCCACUCAUUCUCAUUGCCUCCUCCGGGCCCUCCAGUUCCGUGUUUCCCACCUCACGCCGCCACCGCUUCUGGCAGUCUCAACUCUCCUGCUUAGGCAAGGUCAUCCCUGUAGCCACCCAUCUGCUGAACAAUGGAAGUGGGGUAGGAGUUCUGCAGUGUCUUGAGCAUAUGAUUGGGGCAGUGAGAAGCAAAGUGCUGGAGAUUCACAGCCAUUUUCCCCACAAACCCAUCAUCUUGAUUGGCUGGAAUACAGGAGCUCUGGUGGCCUGUCAUGUGUCGGUGAUGGAGUACGUCACUGCGGUUGUCUGCCUUGGGUUCCCUCUGCUUACCGUGGAUGGCCCCAGAGGGGAUGUGGAUGAUCCCCUCUUGGAUAUGAAGACUCCAGUCCUCUUUGUCAUUGGUCAGAAUUCCCUUCAGUGUCACCCUGAAGCCAUGGAGGACUUCCGGGAGAAGAUUCGGGCCGAGAACAGUUUGGUGGUGGUUGGGGGAGCUGAUGAUAACCUCAGGAUAAGUAAAGCAAAGAAGAAAUCAGAAGGGUUGACACAGAGCAUGGUGGACAGGUGUAUCCAGGAUGAGAUUGUAGACUUUCUGACUGGAGUGCUCACUCGCACAGAGGGGCAUGUGGGUGCUGAGCCUCGGGACCAGGAUGCUGAGAAGAAGAAGAAGCCCCGGGAUGUGGCCCGCAGAGACCUGGCCUUUGAGGUCCCCGAAAGGGGCAGUCGACCUGCCUCACCAGCUGCCAGGCUUCCAGCCUCCCCUUCAGGCUCCGAGGAUCUCUCCAGUGUGUCCAGCAGCCCCACCUCCAGUCCUAAGACCAAAGUGACCACAGUGGCCUCUGCCCAGAAGUCCAGUCAGAUUGGGAGCUCUCAGCUGCUGAAGAGACACGUGCAGCGGACAGAAGCUGUGCUGACCCACAAACAAGCCCAAGCACAGUUUGCUGCUUUUCUGAAACAAAAUAUGCUGGUGAGGAAAGCUCUUCCUCCCGGCACCUCCUCCUGUCUCUUUGUUCCCAUCUCAUCAGAACAAGCGGAGGAAGCAGAGAAAGAGGACCUUAGGGUACAGCUAAAGCGGCACCAUCCCUCCAGUCCUCUGUCUAGCAGUAAGGCCUCCAAGCGACCCAAGAUCAAGGUGUCCCUCAUCUCCCAAGGGGACCCAGCUGGAGGGCCUUGUACUCCUUCCCAAGGAGGAACCCCAGAAGCUGGGGGAGGAAAGCCCAUCAUGAUGACCCUGGGCCAGACGGCAGCAGGUGCCAAGGAGCUCACAGGGCUUCUCACCACAGCCAGGCCCAGUGCUUCUGAAGCGGGUGUGUCAGCCAGCCCAGCCUCCUCCGUGGCCUCCAGCAGCACCGCACCCAGCCCUUUGCACACACUCCAGAGCCGCCUGGUGGCCACCUCCCCUAGCAGCUCCCUCCCAGGGGCCACAUCCGCCAGCAGCCUCCUCCAAGGCCUCAGCUUCAGCUUACAGGAUAUCAGCAGCAAGACCUCGGGCCUCCCAGCAAGUCCCUCCCCAGGACCAUCCCCACAGGCCACCAGUGUGAAGUUGCCCACUCCCAUACAGAGCCUGGGUGCCAUCACCACGGGCACCAGCACCAUUGUCCGUACCAUUCCUGUUGCCACCACUCUCUCAUCCUUGGGUGCCGCUCCUGGUGGAAAGCCCACAGCCAUCCACCAGCUGCUGACCAAUGGGGGCCUCGCCAAGCUGGCAAGCAGCCUCCCUGGCCUGGCUCAGAUCUCCAACCAAUCAGGCUUGAAGGUCCCCACCACCAUUACUCUGACCCUACGAGGGCAACCAAGCCGAAUCACCACACUGAGCCCCAUGGGCCCAGGAGUGGCCCCAUCCGAGGAGCCCACCUCCCAGGUGCUGCCCUCCAACUCACAGCGCCUGCCUCCAGCUCCCUGAAGAUGCACGUGAGGUUGGUGAUGGCUGCUGCAGGGAACCCCGGGCACGUGUGCUGUCCUGCUGAGCUGUCCACUUGUCUGAAGACCCCUUUAAGACACUCAUUUUUGCCUCUCUGCCAGCUGUCUUCGGGGUUGGGCCUGUGGGUCCUGUGAAACUGUUAGGCUAAGUGACAUGGUGCCAGCAAAGGGAGCAUCGUCCUUCAGCAUCUACAGGUCUGGUUCCCAGAACCACUGGCUCCUCAGCAGGUCGGGACAUUGGCAGAUCACCAGUACUAGCUGUGACUUGCCCCGGGCAGCAUUUCAUGAAGGAGCCUUUUGGAAGUCUGUGCUACCCUAUGCCAAGUUGGGAGGAGACGUCCUUGUGGUCUAGGGCUGCGGGGGUUCAGAUUGCGAGCCCUUGCUGAGGGCCAGGGUCAUCCUGGCCCACCAGCUGGCUGGUCAGUAUUAAAAGGACUUGUUUUGGACAUUCUGCUGCCUUCACUGAGUAGCAUGGGAGAGUGCUCCCCAUGCCGCUCCCUCGUAGGAAUCACAUCAGUAGUCUGCUGCGACUGAGAAUACCUAACUCAGAUCCAUGAGAGGGCAGAGCAGACGGGGCUGUCCUCUCUCAGUCCCUUUGGCCGCUGUACAUGUGGAGAGCAGCAGUAGCUAAGAGAUGAAAACAGGCCCCCUUUUUUAUCAUGGGUUGGGCACUUCCUCUAUGCAGAAAGCCUGCGGGUCCAGAAAGGUCGAAGAAGACCAAUGACCAGCAAAGGAAGUAGCUUCAAGGAUGAGUCAAUAAGUCCUGCUGCUAAAACGAUUCGGGCUUGAGGCUUUGCCUCUUGGUCCUAAGGAGCUGCAGAGUCAACUAGAGAUGAGAAGAAUUUGCAAGGUCAGGGGGAAGAAAGCCCUACCCCCAAAACCUCUCUGCCCAGUGCUUGGAGGUGAAACAGGGAUAACCAGUUAACAUCUGGGCCGUCCCAGGAAGCCUAGGCAUUAAGACUACAAAGGCCGUGCUUCCGUGUUUCUGUUUCUGUUUCCCAUGCAAUUUGCCUUCUUGCUCAGAAGUGGGGGAAUCGCUGGCACUGACGCUCCUGUGCAGCACUCCUGCUCUUGGUGCCAGCCUGAGCCCGAGAGGAGCAAGUUCCUGGACAAGUAAUCGCUGAAGAUGGAGCUUGGAGUCCCUCCUUCCCUCCUCACAGUACUUUUGUACAAAGGUAGUUUUAGAUUUGGCUUAGAACACAUUGUCCACAGCAGCCUCCCUUCCCUUUCAUACUCUAGAAUGUUUCCAGCUAUGGUGAUGAGUCAGGCACCCAAUGGGACUCUGUGCAGUAUCUGUAGGCAGGGAGGACCCACAGCAUGCCAUGGCUGGAACUGUGGUCCAGGGUCCUGACCCAAACCAGACAACCUGCAUUCAAUUCAGGAGUGUCACCCUUCCAGUCUGAGUGGCACCCAGGAGGGGGUGCACAGUGUGCAGGAGUCGGGAGACAGAUCUGGGCAUGUGUAAAAUAGGAGUGGAGAGGGCAUCUUAAACAUCAUGCCCUGACUCCCGCAGAGCUGGUCUCUGGUGACUCAUAGAAUGGCGCUAUAUUCUUGCAUCAGCUGGUAGGUAACUGCUUUCUGAAAUUCAGGAGGCAUUUAGUAAGUUUGAAGAAGAUAUGAAAUCUGAAAGAGGCAUCCAUAGGUCAGGGGAUUGAUAACUUUACAGGUAGAAUAAUAACAUACCAACAGGACCUGAGGCUAGUGGGACUGUGUGAAUAUGUGAAGCUUUUAGGAAUCAUUUGGGACAGGCAGAGGGUCCUGAACAGCCAUUCGUGACGUAGCAGUGCCGCCUGGACAGCGCAGGCAGGGCUGCUCCUGAAAGAUGCUGGCUUGGUGUGUGCUGGGGCCAGAGCAACAACUAACGCACCUUCCUGCUGUCACGCGAGUCCUAGUCCUUCCCACGGAUGACUUCCUGAGGCUUGGGUUGCACACCCCGAAGAAUGCCAGACUGGAGAAGGGGAGUUGUAAGGACAUGGAUUCUUCACCCCAGAGGGACAGGCUAAAGGGAGACGUCGUUGAAGUCCAUAGAGUCAUGUGCGCCGGUUCCACAUGUCUUCUCCAACCACACUGCUUGAAAUGUAAAAGGAAGCUUUCUUCUACCCAUCAUCUAGCAGACCUGGGUCUGUAACCUCAGAUGGGAUACUGCUGGCCGAAACGUAGAAGGAUCAAAAAGGCUCUGGGUAAAUUCUUGGAUGACAGGUGUAUGUUGAUGCCCUGUGGGAGAAGAUGGAGGAAGACCUUCUGUCUGUUCUUGGGGCCCUCCCACAGGAACAAUCUUGGGCUGGAUGGUUACAGACUGAGCCCCUGUGACGGUUCUGUUCACAUUAGUAAGAACAGUUACAGAAAUAAAAACAACUUUGCAUCGCU